AUGGGCGCGCCCUCGUUUGCGGCCUCGAAUGCCGUCAUCUACCUCACCUACGGGGCGUUUCUCGCUACCGGCUUGUUCGUGGCUUGGAAGCUGCGCAGGCAGACAAGGUCGGAUUAUCUGUCUAGUAACAGGACGCAGAAGGCAAUUCCUCUCGCCCUGAACUUCAUAGCUUCGGGUGAGUGCACAUGCGCACGCAACAGUGGCUCCGGUCUCGGAGUUGGAUUCGGCAGCAGCAGCAGCAGCGCAUAG